AUGGCCAGCGUGCAAGAGCCCCUUAUCCCGGAAAGCAAUGUGCUGCCCACAGAUGCACCAGUUGAGCCCAUUUCAUCCAUAGAUGAAAAAUCCACUGCCGCAACUGAGGCAAAUCUGAGCGAAUCGACUGCCACGCUCGUUGAGCCCGACUCCACACAACAAUCCAAAGAUUCAACCAAACCUGAGGUCCCUAUGACGGCCGCGGAAAAGAAGAAGGCCAAGAAGGCAAAGAAGAAGCAGCAGAAGAAACAGGAGAGCGUUAGCUCCAUUGCCUUGGAAGCCGAAAAGACUCCCGAAGAGACUCCCGCAGAGCCUGCAGUGGAGGAAUCAGCACCAGUCGAAGCUUCUAAGGAGGCUGAAUCCACUUCCGAGCCAGUGGUUGAGGAAAAGCCUGCCGCUGGAUCAACCACUGCAGAACCAGAGGCUGCUGAGAAGGUUGCCGAGCCCGUCACAGAGGAACCGAAGACUGCUGAGGCCGUUCCGGAAACUGUCGCAGAGCCUGUCGAAGAAUCCAAGGUUGUGGAAGCGGUUGCUAAGCCCACCACUGAAGAGCCAAAGACCGAGGACGUUCCUGAAGUCACCGCUGAGCCGAUCGUCGAGACUCCCGCUGCGGAAGAAAUCAAGACCGCCGAGGUUACUGAGCCAAUCAUAGAGGAGAAGCCUGUCGUCGAAGGAAAGGCUACCGAGGCCGCUCCUGAAGCUGGUGCUGGGCCUGCCAGCGAAAACCCGGCUGCCGAAGCUGCCGUGGAAGAAUCCAAGGUUGUGGAGGAUAUCGUUGAGCCCGCCAAGGAAGAGUCAAAGACUGAGGAAGCCGUCCCUGAAGCUGCUGUGGAAGAAAAGGCCACCGAGGUCGUUCCUGAAACCACCGAAGCCGCCACGGAAGAAAAGCACACCGAGGCUGCCCCGGAGGCUGUCGUAGAAUCCAAGCCCGAGGAGGCUGUCCCUGAAAUCGCCCAGGAGACUCCCGCCGUCGAAGAACCUAAGACUGAGCUUGCUGAGUCAGCCAUCGAGGAGAAGCCUGCCGCUGAAGAAAAGGUUGUCGAGGCCGCCCCUGUGACUGUCGCAGCGCCUGUGGAAGAAAGUCCCGUUGUGGAAGAAUCUAAGGCUGAGGAAGUUGCUAAGCCUGCCACCGAAGAAAAGGUUGUCGAGGCCGCUUCCGAAACUCCUGCCGUGGAAGAAUCCAAGGCCGAGGAGGCUGUUCCUGAAAUCGCCCAGGAGACUCCCGCUGUCGAAGAACCUAAGACUGAGGUUGCUGAGCCAAUCACCGACGAGAAGAAGCCUGCCACUGACGAAAAGGUUGCCGAGGCCGUUUCUGAAACUCCCGCUGCUGAGGAAUCUAAGACCGCGGAAGCUAUCCCUGAAAUUGCUCAGAAGACGCCUGUCGUCGAAGCUGCCGUUGAAGAAUCCAAGGCGGCCGAUGUCGCUGAAACAGCCGAGGAGAAGCCUGCGAUUGAGGAAAAGGUCGCCGAGGCCGCUCUUAAAACCGUGGCAGAGCCUAUCGUCGAAGAGGCUCCGGCCGCCGCAGCUGCCGUGGAAGAAUCUAAGACCGCCGAGGCUGCUCCUGAAAUCGCCCAGGAGACACCCGCAGUCGACGAAUCCAAGGUUGAGGAGGUCGCUGAACCUACUACCGAGGAAGAUCCCACCACUGAAUCCGCCAUGGAGGAGUCCAAGCCCGCCCAGGCUGUUGCCGAAACCGUCGCCGAACCAGUUGCUGAGGAAACUCCCGCCGCUGAAGCAGCUGCGGAAGGAAAGACCACCGAGGUCGUUUCUGAAACCAUCGAAGCCGCCAAGGAAGAGACUCCUGCUGCAGAAGCUGCCGUGGAAGAAUCCAAGACUGUCGAGGCUGUUCCUGACACUGUCCAGGAUACCCCGGCCACCGAAGCAGCCGUAGAAGAGUCCAAGCCUGCCGAGAAGACGGUCCAGGAACCGGUUGUGGAGGCGAAGGCCGAGAACAGCGCUGACGCGACAGCCGCUGUUCCAGAGAUUGCUACAGAGGCAACUGCUGUGGAGCCGACUGUCGAGGUUUCCGAGCCCAAGGAGGAAGUCAUCUCUGAGCCCACCAAGGAGGUGGCCGAGGAGGCUCCCGUUGAGCAGACUGGCACUGAGGACUUGACUGCCAAGCCAGUCAAGGAGACUGAGGUUGUCGAGCCGGUUCCCGAACCGACUGUCGAAGCUGCUAAGGAGUCUGCUGUCGAGGAGCCUACGGUUGCUGCCGUGGAGACUACCACCACUGAGCCCGCCGCCGAAGUAAUUGAAGAGCCUGCCGCCGUUGUCGAGGAGGCUACUACCAAGAAGGCUCAGGAGCCUAUUGAGGCCGAGUCUGCCCAAGAGACCGCCGAAAAGGCUACGGCACAGGAGCCAGUUGUGGAGGAGCAUGUCGCUGAAAUUUCCAAGGACAUGACUCUUGAGGAGUCCCCCGCUGUUGAGACUGCUGCUAUUCCCGAGGCUGCUGCCGCUGCUCACAUCACCGAGGAAGCUCCUACUGUUCCUCAGGCUGCCGCCGCUAUCGUCGAGGAAAACGCCGCUCCUACUGAGUUUGUGCAAGAAUCAGUGGACGAGGCUAUCCCCGCUGAAACUGCCAAAGAAGUCGCCGUUGAGCAGCCAGAAGCUACCAAGCCCGAGGAAGUAACUGAGCAGACCGCCGAAGAGCCCGUUGCCGACAAGGCCGUUGAGGAGCCCGUUGCUGAGACCUCUGCCGCAGAGCCGGUUGUCGAGAAUGCUCCCGUUGUUGAAGAGACCCCCGUUGAAGAGCCUGCUAAGGAAUUUGCCCUCGAGGAGCCCACCAAAGCUUCUACCGAGGCUCCUGCCGUUGCUGAUGUUACUGCGGACGAGACCGAGAAGGUCGAGGAGAAGCAAGCCGAGGCUGUUGCUGAGCCAGCUGUGGCUGAACAGACCGAGACUGCUGUUGCUGUCGAAGAGCCAGUGUCUCAAAACGCUGAGCCAGCUGCUGCCGAAGACAAGGUCGUGGAUGAGCCAGUCACUGUUGCAGAGACUGUUGAAGUCGCUGCCGUUCCUGAGCCCAAGGCCGAGGCUGUCAUUGCUGAGCCAGCUGCUGCUGAAACUGCUGCUGUUGAAGAAAAGGCUAUCGAUGAGCCAGUCACUGUUGCGGAGACCGUUGAGGUUGCUGCCGCUCCUGAGCCUGUUGUGGCUGAGGCUGAGGCUCUUAUUGCCGAGCCCGCUGCUGCUGCGACUCCCGUCGUCGAAGAAAAGGUCAUCGAUGAACCUGUUGCUGUUCACGAAACCGCGGCCGAGUCCACUGCUGAGCCUGUUUCUGAACAGACUCCCGAGGUGGCACCCGUUGUCGAAGAAUCUGCCAUUGAGGCACCAGCUACCGAGAAGGCUGAGGAUGUGAAGGAGCCCGCCACUGUCGAGCCCACCAUCCAAGCUACUGAAGCUACUGAGGCACCAGUUGUAAAGGAACAGGUUUCCGCACACCCUGCCAAGGUUGAAGAGCCCGUUGAAGCUGCUGCCCCCACAGAGCAAACCCGCGAGGCAGCUCCACUGGAGGAAUCUUCUACCAAGGAGCUCGAGCCCGAGACAACCGUGGUGGAGGAAGUUCCCCUCGAGCAGUCCGCAGUCGUUGCUGGAGAGGCCACAGCCGAAGCGCCAGUUGUGGCUGAGGUUGUUGAAGAGUCCGCGCACGAGGAUGCUAAGGUCGAGGACCUCGUCCCAGAACAGCCUGCUCCUGCCGUGGAGACCGUUGUUGCAACUGAGGAAUCCUUGAAGGCCGAAACCGCCGAGACCGAAGUUGUGGCUACUCCUGAGCCGACUAUCAGCGCAGAGGAGCCUGAGAUAGUGUCUGAGACUCCCGAUGUGAAGGAGCCAUUCGCCACUGACGUUGAAACCUCGGCACCAACCGACCCCGAAACUAAGCAGGAAGAGUCCGCUGCUCCCGCCACUGACGAAGCUUCUACCGAGGAGAGUGGCAUUAGCACUGAGAUUCUUGGUGCUGGCGCUGCUGGCGUUGCUGCUGCUGCCCUUGCUGGGGCCGGCGUCGCUGCUCUUGCUUACAAGGAGUCCGAGACUACACUGGAGAAAUUGAAAGAUCAGAAGGAUCUCCAAGCUACCGAUGCAGACAAGGAACCCGUUACGAAGGCCAAGACACAGCCCGAGGUUUCCGCAGCGGAUGCACAGCCCACAGGCGGUAAGCCAACACCGUUCUAUCUUUCAUACCAGCAAUCUGCCAUCUCGUUCGAAACUGAUCCCAUUCUUGCAGCUCUCGCUGGUGACCGGGAAGCCCUCCUCAGCAAGCUCAACCAACCCUCAACAGACCAACUCUCCACGGCUACCCAGCAACCCUCGGUUACUGUUGAGAGUGCCACCGAGGCCCAGCCUGCCGCCGAGGCCAGCAAGGGAACUGCAGAACCCUCUGUAAAUGCAUCCGACGCAAAGCCUGCCGCCGACAAGACUCUUACGCCAAAGGAUAAUGAUGAAGAUGCUCGUCCACCGAGCCAGAACCGGUCAGUGACUGCUGUUUCUCUAAAUGGUGCACCUGACAGCUGGCUCAAAGCAAUCCUGCGCACUGUGUUUGUGAAUUUCUUUGGUGCCAUCUUUUCACCUUUCCGUCGUGGAAAGAACUCCAAUUAA